UCGGCCGCCAUCUUUGUUAGGGGCAUUCCCGCCGUUCCGGUGUGCUCGGGCACAGGCGCGGGGCGGCGAUGGGGCGCGCGGGGCUGGCGCUGUGGGCGCUGGCGGCGGCUGCCGCGUGCCGGCUGGGACCCGCCCUGGCGGGGGGCGCGGCAGAUGCCAAAUGGAAAACAAUAACUGACCAAAUUAAGGAAGCUGUGGAAGUCUAUAAGCCGUGUGUAAAGGAGAAUUGCAGCUGCCACCAAAGUGUCUGGAAGCAGGACCUGGCUCCUUUUCGAAGUGGCAUUUCCAAGGAGGUAAUAUCAGAUGUGGUGAGCCGGAAGCUUGGGACACACUACCAAAUAAUUAAGAACAAAUUGUAUCGUGAGCAGGACUGCUUGUUCCCUGCAAGAUGCAGUGGAGUUGAGCACUUCCUUCUGGGGAUCAUCAACCGCCUCCCUGACAUGGAAAUGGUGAUCAAUGUGCGAGACUACCCCCAGGUCCCCAAGUGGAUGAAACCCAUUAUCCCAGUCUUUUCCUUCAGUAAGACAUCCGAUUACAAUGAUAUCAUGUAUCCUGCCUGGACGUUUUGGGAAGGAGGACCAGCUGUUUGGCCAAUUUACCCAACAGGUUUAGGGCGCUGGGACCUCAUGAGAGAGGACCUCAGAAGAUCUGCAGAAAAAUGGCCAUGGACAAAAAAAAUCUCUAAAGGAUAUUUCCGAGGAUCCAGAACGAGCCCCGAAAGAGAUCCUCUCAUUCUGCUGUCCCGAGAAGACCCAGAACUCGUUGAUGCUGAGUACACUAAAAACCAGGCUUGGAAAUCUGAAAAGGACACCUUAGGGAAGCCUCCUGCAAAGGAAGUUCCACUGGUUGAUCACUGCAAAUACAAGUAUCUGUUUAAUUUCCGGGGAGUGGCUGCCAGUUUCCGGUUGAAGCACCUAUUCUUAUGUGGUUCACUCGUCUUUCACGUUGGAGAAGAAUGGUUGGAGUUCUUCUACCCCCAGCUGAAGCCUUGGGUCCACUACAUCCCAGUCCAAUCAGACCUCUCUGACGUCAGGGAGCUAUUGCAGUUUGCAAAGGAAAAUGAUGCCAUAGCACAAGAAAUUUCAGAGAGGGGACGCCAAUUCAUCAUCGAGCACUUGCAGAUGGAGGAUGUCUCUUGCUACUGGGAGCAUCUACUGUCUGAAUAUUCCCAAGCCUUGACUUACAAAGUGAAAAGGAGGAAGAGCUACAGUGAGAUCACUUCUGGACAGCUGAAAACAGAACUGUAGAGACUUCUCUGUUUUUUCUCUUCAGCUCAAACUGAUCUCUGUGGAAAUCUGAAGAUCAGUGUUUCUUCUUUCUUCUCGCAGGCUUCUUAUCCGUUAUGCUAGAACCACAGAGAACAGCAGUAGGCUAACUCUGAAAUUGCUCCCAUACAGUGGGACCUGGUAUUACUGUCACUAUGGGAAUGUUAGGUAGAAUGUUGGAUUAUGGCUGUUCAGUGCAGUGGUUGUGCUUGUGUCUAGAAGAGGGUUCUUAGCAUUUGAGAGUCAGUUACUUCCUGUCUCAGAAUGAUCCUAAAUCCCGUUCAGUCAAUGAGAAGCCUUUCUUUUAAUUUUAAUAGACUUUUUGCCAAUCCCUCUGUACUCAUGGGCAAGGCACAGAGACUGCCAGCUCCACUCAGCUGGGAGAUACAGGCCCCUUUUCUGGCAAAUGGUCAGUGUUUUCUCACCUGUGUGAUAUCACUUGGGAUAUUUGUUACUCUGACAGAGGCAGGUACUGGGAUUUGGGGUAACCUUUCUAGAUAGCUUAGAG